CAAAAGAAAGGCUCCAAGAAGUCAGUCCGACGGAUGAAGUUCUUGGAAAGCUACCUCGAAAAACUGCUGAAGUGCGACCAAAGCGUGACCAGGAGCAUCGAGGUCACCCGCUUCUUCACCCCCAAAGACCACGACCUGCAGCCAGACUACACCAAGAACAGUGUCAUGAUGCUGCUUUCUGAUGAUCAGAAUGACGAGUCAGGUGGAGGAGGAGGCAGAUCUGCCCACCACUUUCACCAUGGAGGCAGCAUCACUAACCCUUUUGUGACCCAGACAUACCACUGCGUGGCUGCCUAUGAGACAAAGGACACCAAGAACCGCCCAUUCAAGGUGGCCAAGGACGAGAAGCUGGACGUCCUGAUCAAAGACCCUGCAGGCUGGUGGCUUGUGGAGAAUGAAGAUAAGCGCCUGGCUUGGUUUCCCGCUCCGUACCUGGAGCUGUCGGAAGGCGACGACGACGACGAUGAAGAUGAGCUUCAGCUGAGAGGUGCUCUGUACUGUGCUGUGAGAAGUUACACGUCUAAGAAGGUUGAUGAGAUCUCCGUGCCCAUUGGCUCUGUGGUUGAGGUGCUGAGGAAGUCUGACAAUGGCUGGUGGCUCAUUAGAUUCAAUGGCAGAGUAGGCUACAUCCCAACCAUGUACCUGAAGCCAUACAACAACCCUAGGGCAGGCCUUUAUGGGCUGCACAACAGGCUGCAUAGCUCCUCUCUGAAUCUGGCAACAGCCAGCAGGGAUCGCCAGGCUCCCUACCCUCCCAGUAUCCACGAAGAAGAUGACCUACACCAGAAUUCUGCUGGCCCCUCCAGACAAAUGUUUGAGCCUGCACGUCUCCACAAGGCUCGAUCUCUUGAUGUCCUCUCCGAUCCCUGGCCUCAGGGGGAGGAGGAGAGGGAAGCCCCAGCCUCAAACAGUCACCCGAGCAUCAUGAGCCAAAUCAGCUCUGAUUCCAUUCUCUCUGAGUUCUCCUCAAGCAGCGACUCGUCCUCCAGUCUGAGGGAGGAGGCGCAGAGCCACGCAGACCACCCUGCAGCCUCGCAACAGCCCGACAGCUCGCGCAGCAGCCCCGAUCCCAGCCUCUUAGACGGCGUCAGCUUCAACAGCGGCUCAGAGAGUUCUGGGUCUGUCAAGUCCAAAGGCAGCAGCAACGCCUCAGUCGUCCCCAGGGUACCUCCCCGACCCAAAACAGAGGAGAUCCUGACCCGCUGCACCACCAUGACGCGCAAGGCAGCCCUGGCCACCAAGGCUCGGCUCCAGAUUCAGCCCGAGUCCAUUCACAGCCGUUAAGGAAACCACGGCACCAGUGCUAUACAUUACAAAUCCGACAAUAAGUUGUAUUCUUAAUGAUACUCACUUGUUUCUGCAAACCUUUUAGACUCAUUAUGUGUUUAUAAGAAGCAAAUGUAACUUGUUCAAAGCCACAUUUAGAUGAGAUUAAGAGGCAUUGCUUAACUUUUUGCUUGCUUCCUUCUUAUGUGAAAGGCUAAAGGGAAAGCAGCUUGGACAAGGCAGCCGCAGACUAAAAUUUCAUAAAAUAAUGUCAAGACAAUUCCCAUUUUAUCAAAUGGAGCUUGGCGUCUUAAUUUUGAACAUUUCAGUGUAAGUAUAAAACUAAUGUAGCUUCAGUGAAGCAUUAUGAGGAGCAGUAAGUAAGUCUACGUAUGUGACCUAUAGUCACAAUAAAAAGAAAUAAGAAAUAAUAAUAAAGUUUCUUUUCUAGCUUUGAAGAGUGUUUUGGGGAAGUUUCGGUGGCCUUGAAGCGGUUGCAAAUGUACAGGGGCUUUAUGGCUGUUUUAACAUGUAGAAACCAAUCAAAUCAGCUGUGGGUUCAAAAAUAUUGUAAAAGAUUGUGAAUAUGGUUAAAUGAUUAUUUCCUCAUUAUUCACUGGAGUCCUUGUGCUUAACCGGUUUUGAAAAACUAAUACAUGUGAAGCAGCUGUUGCAAA